CCCUGGAGGCUUACUGAUUCUCUCUUUUUAUUAAUUCUGUCCAUCUGUCUUUUGAUAUUCUCCCGCGUGGACCUGAUCGACUCCUGUGGUGUCCCACGAUCGGACGAGAUGCAUCUCUUUCUUUCCUUUCUACUGUUUCUCUCUUUGAGUUUCGAUGCAUUGGCUGCACCAGCUCCUCGCCCGGUCCGGAAAAGCAGGUCUUUCCAGAUCGACCGUGUCAAGCGCAGUGACUAUGUUCCACACGGACCUACCGCAUUGCGCAAAGCGUUCCGCAAAUUUGGCAUUAUGCCCGUUGAUUUCAGCAAUAUCACUCUGAACGACUUUGAGCCCUUUGACCUCAAGACAUCCGUGGUCCAGACCAACCAAAACACCGUUGCUGAGCCUGAUCAGACGGGCGCUGUCAGUGCGACCUCGGUGCAGAGUGAUGUUGAAUUCGUCUCGCCCGUGACGAUUGGCGGGCAAACCAUCACCAUGGACUUUGAUACUGGAUCAGCCGAUAUGUGGGUCUUCAACACAGAACUCCCAUCAUCCAUGACCCAAAGCCGCACAGUCUACAACCCCAGCAAAUCCACCACCUACAAGAAAAUAGACGGCGGCACUUUCAAAAUCAGCUACGGCGACUCGUCCUCUGCAUCCGGUGGUCUAGCCCAAGAUACUGUCGACAUUGGCGGCGCAACCGUCACAAACCAAGCCUUCGGUCUCCCAACAAGCGUCUCCUCCUCCUUCGUCGAAGACACCAAUUCCAACGGCCUAGUCGGCCUCGGCUUCUCCUCAAUCAACACCUUCACUCCGGGUCCGCAGAAGACUUUCUUCGACAACAUCGCCCCGGGUCUCGAGGAGCCCGUUCUAACCGCACGCCUGCGCAGUGAUGGCGUCGGCGAGUACGAAUUUGGCAAAAUCGAUUCUAGCAAGUACUCUGGUUCCCUGGUGAACGUUAGCGUUGAUCCCUCCGCUGGUUUUUGGCAGUUUGAGGCUGGAUUUUUCGCUGUUGGUGGUGGUUCUUUGCAGCAGGUUACUCAGGCGCCCAAGGCUAUUGCGGACACUGGUACUUCGCUUAUGCUGGUCAGCCCUGAGGUGGUGACGGCGUAUUACAAGGAAGUUGAGAACGCGGCGUAUUCGAGUAGUGUGAGCGGCUGGAUUUAUCCUUGCUCGGCGAGUCUGCCCAGUUUGACUGUUGCGCUGGGUGACAAGUACCAGGCUACUAUUCCGGGGUCACUCGUUAACUUUGCGGAGGUUGGGAAGAAUACGACCACUGGUGAGACUGUCUGCUAUGGUGGCAUCCAGUCUAAUCAGGGAUCGAGUCUGCAGAUCUUUGGAGAUGUGUUCUUGAAGGCUCUGUUCGUUGUUUUCGACCAGCGCGGUCCGUCUUUGGGCUUUGCGGCGCCAGCGUGA